UAACCAGUAUGUAAUAUACUACUGCUACAACAACUAAUAAUACUAGUAGUAAUGAGAAUAAGGCAAAAACAUGGCAAAAACCGUGUUAAAAUGUACGUGUUAAUAAUGAGCGUGUGUUAUCAUGGAGUCGAGGUGUUAUUAGAUAGACAGAUAGCUAGAGACAGACAAACAGGCACAUCAAUCGAUUAAAAAGUGUUCUUUCUUAAAAAUACCAAGACAUGUACUACUUAUAAACAUAUACUGAUGAAUCAGAAACAUCAUUAUUUCAAGGAGGCAUUCUCGUGAGAAGUGAUCUUGUUAACUAAAUCAUGAAUAACUUGAUUUUUACCACUCACACAAUUUAUUGCCGAAAUUACAAGUUGUUAUCAGUUCUAAUAUGGAUCACAUUUGGUGCUAUUGUCGGUUGGUAUAUUGGCAGUAGUUAUGAAGAUUCAUAUAUGGCGAAAAUUGAUCCAAGAUAUCAUAAUUUCAUAUUUAUCGGUGGACAUGAAAGUACCGGUACUGGUUUAAUGCGAAUUCUGCUGGAUGUCCAUCCUUCUGUAAGAUGUGGUCCUGAACCAGUGGUGACAACGUCUUUGUUACGCUUGAAAAUGUUAGCUCAGUACAAUAUGUACCAGUUGGAAGCGGCUGGUAUCUAUAGGCAUGUUUUUAAUCGUGCUAUUGCAGCGUUUAUCAGUGAAAUUAUCAUCAAUAUGGGUGAAUCUGCCGACCGUCUGUGUCAUAAACAACCGUUUUCAUUUUAUUAUUUAAAAUAUUUAUAUGAAAUAUUUCCAAGAUCGAAAUUUAUUCAUAUGACUAGGGAUGGACGAGCUGCUGUCGCCUCUACAAUUAGACGUCAAGUGAAUCCACUUUAUGUAUCCAGCAAGCCAGAAGAAGCAUUUGGUUAUUGGGAGAAUUUAACAACGAUUAUAUUGGAUGAAUGUCGGCGUAUUGGUUCAUCACGUUGUAUUACCGUUCGUUAUGAAGAUUUAAUUUUAAAUACAAAAUAUGAAAUUCGAAGAGUAUUAAAUUUUCUCGAUCUACCUUGGGAUCCAAUAGUUUUAAAGCAUGAAACUGUUAUCGACAAAAUAUCUCAACUUAGUCCUUAUGAAGCCAGUUCAAAACAAGUUGUGAAUAAAAUUCAUCGAAACUCCUUGCUAUCAUGGAUAGAAAAUAAUGAUACAAUUUUACCAAAACAAUUGAUUGAAACAAUUCAUUUAAAGAGUAAAAUGCUACAUCGGUUAGGCUAUGCACAAAUUGGUUUCCCUCCAAAUUAUUCUUUAUUAAAACCUAUUGAAUAAUGAUAACAUUUGAAAUUAGGUUUAAUCUGUGAAUAGCUUGCUUACUUGCUUAUUUAUUUAUUCAUUUUUGUAGACAAAUAUAUGUACAUUUUAUUUUAAACAAGACUGUUUUGUGCAUAUUUUAAAUAGUUUUUAUCGUCUUUAUGUUGUACAAUUUAAAGCCAUUUUGAAGUUUCAAAUAUUUCAGAGGGUUUCAAUGUUUCAAUGAUUGAAUUUAGGGUUCAAUAAGCAAAUUUUUUUCAUUUUCUACACCAAAGCGAAGCCG